AUGAGCUCACAAAGUUUUUCUGGUCAAUUUUUUAGCCUUCCUUUAACAAUCAUUGCAGGAAAUGGCGAUCAAUCUAUCCCUGGAGGAGAUGACUCUAGAAGAAAUAACUCUUCUGAUGGAAACAAAUCCAAUGAAUCUGCUUCCCAGAAAUCAUAUCCUGUUAACAUGGACUGGAGAGAGUUCAGGGCAAAUUUAUAUAGGCAGGAGCAGGCAGAAAAAGCAGAGUCUGAUGCUUGCAACCAAGAUGCAACUCCUCAGGAGUCAAAAUCUCUUGGCCUGAAAUGGGCACAUCCUAUUCCAGUACCCGAGACGGGCUGUGUCCUUGUUGCAACAGAAAAGCUUGAUGGGGUUCGUACAUUUGAGAGAACUGUAGUUCUGCUUCUCAGGUCUGGAACUCGACAUCCACAAGAGGGUCCAUUUGGAGUUGUGAUCAACCGUCCACUUCACAAAAAGAUCAAACACAUGAAGCCUACUAAUAACGAACUAGCCACCACAUUUGCUGAUUGUUCAUUGCAUUUUGGGGGGCCUCUCGAGGCAAGCAUGUUUUUGUUAAGAACAAAUGAAAAAUCGAAACUCCCAGGGUUUGAAGAGGUAAUGCCUGGCCUCUGUUUUGGUGCUCGAAACAGUUUGGACGAAGCUGCAGGGCUCGUGAAGAAAGGCGUGCUCAAGCCUGAGGAUUUUAGAUUUUUUGUUGGGUAUGCCGGUUGGCAGCUGGACCAAUUGAGAGAGGAAAUUGAAUCAGAUUACUGGUAUGUAGCUGCAUGUAGCUCAAAUUUGAUUUGUGGAGGUUCAUCGGAUUCAUCAGAAAGUUUGUGGGAGGAUAUUUUGCAGCUAAUGGGUGGCCAUUACUCAGAAUUAAGCCGGAAGCCUAAGCAAGAUAUGUAGUCAUUUAUUAUAUAUAGACUGAGUUAGUUAUGAAUCUAAAUGUACAUAAAACUCUUUCAACUGGAUUUUUAUCAGUUACUAGAUGUAUUUAUAUUUAUAUUUAAAUC